AUGUCAGCAGCUUCUGUUAGCUUAAGAGAAGAGGAUCCUCUGUUGAAGGAUCUGAGUGAGAAGAAGCAGAGUUUCAGGAGGAAUGUUGAGUCUUUAGCCGCUGAUUUGAAGCAAGCAAGGACUCGUCUCGCUGAACAGGAGCGUUCGUGUUCACAAGAAUUUAAAUAUAUUGUGGUGUGCUUUGUACAUGAGCAGGAAGCAGAAACAAGAGUUAAGAGAAUGAAAGAUGAAAUGCUCCAACUUGGUAAGGAAUUAAACAAGAAAGUUGAGCAGAUUCGUGCCUCGGAUGUUGCUACUGAGAAGUAUGUGAAGGAACUGGGUGAUAUCAAGUCACAGCUUGCAGCGACACAGGCAACAGCAGAGGCAAGUGCUUUGUCGGCUGCAUCAGCUCAGUCUCAGUGCAGAGUGCUCUCCAAACAUUUGCAUGAGAGGACUGGUUCCUUGGAAGAGCAAGAGGACCAAGUAACUCUACUUGGUGAGCAGCUAGAGAAUCUACAAAAGAAGCUGCAAGCUAGAGAAUCUUCACAGAAGCAGCUUAGAGAUGAGGUUUUGAAAGUUGAAGGUGACAUUAUGCGUGUAGCAUCGGAGGUCAGAACAAAGGAGAAUUCUCCAAAGAAAUUUGAAAGAAUCAACAAACUUUUGACGGCUAAAGAUGAUGAGAUAGCAAGACUCAGAGAUGAACUAAAGAUUAUAUCGGCUCACUGGAGGUUUAAGACACAGGAGUUAGAAGAUCAGCAGGUGGAGAAUCAAAGGAGGAUUAACCAGGAGCUUAAAAAGAAGGUGCUGAAGCUAGAGUUUUGCCUUGGUGAAACACGCAUCCAAACUCGAAAACUUCAUAAGAUAGGAGGACGAAGCGAUAUGGCAAUACAAGAACUCAAGAAGCAAUUGGCUGCAAAAAAGCAGCAUGAAGCUGAUCCUUUUAGCGGCCAAAACUUCUGGGACAAGACAGGUUUCAAGGUUGUUGUCUCCAUGUCGAUGCUGAUAUUAGUUGCCUUUUCUAGGCGUUAA